ACACUACCCAUGCACCUGCCUCGUCUUGUUUGCACUUACUUCACAAAUACUUGAUAAUCAUCACCCUCUACCUCGGCCUCUCUAUCUAGACUGAGCGUAAUAUUACCACUUCUCCAUCCACCUCUGAAACACAAUAGCCAAUUUGUGGUGUAUCAACCAACAAGAUGCGGUCCCCAAGCCCUCUGGUGCUUGUAGCCUUCCUUUUCGCCCUCCUGGCACCUACUCUCGCAUCCCCUGCUGUCACUCACUUCAAGCGUGGAAACACAUUCUCUGUCCCUCUGGUUCACAAUGCCGAUAGACCUCGCCAUGGCCCAUCUGAAGUUCUCAGAACCUUGAAGAAGUUUAAUCUCGAAAUUCCCAAUGGCCUACAGAAAGCUGUCGACAAGCACCAUGCUAAGACGGCCUUCCUAGCCGCACCCAAAGACGGUGGCACUGGCACUGUUUCGGCAAACUCCAAGGACGGGGACUUGCUUUGGCUUGCACCUGUUAGCAUUGGUACUCCACCCCAGGAGUUAUUUGUGGACUUAGAUACUGGAUCGACAGAUAGUUGGUUCUUCUCGACCGAUACCAAAGCAAGCGAAGUUGACGGCCAAACGCUCUGGGAACCCAAUAAGUCUUCUACCUCGGCUCUGAUUGAAGGUUGCAGCUGGUCAAUCAUCUACGGAGACUGGUCUACUUCGUCCGGAAAAUGCUACACCGACACCUUCAAGCUCGGCAAUCUUAGCAUCCCAAACAUGACAAUUGAGUCGGCGGAAUCCGUCUCUGACAUGUUUACCUCCACUUCCUAUAUGUCAGGACUCGUUGGUUUGGCCUGGCCAGAUCUCAAACAGACCAUCCCACCUCAGAAAGCUCUCAUUGAAUUUCUCCCCGAGGUGCUCGAUGAGCCUGUUUUCACUGUCGACUUCCGCCACAAUAGCAGUGACGGGUCUUUCAACUUCGGCUACAUAGAUGACAAGUUAUACGAGUCUGAUAUUGUCUACACAGAUGUGGACACUUCAAGUGGCUUCUGGGGUGUCAAGAAUACCGCCUUCGGCAUUGGGGGCGAAAACCUCACCUACUCAUUCCUUGAUCCUAAGCCUGUCAUCAUCGACACUGGCACAACAUUACUUUUCGCCCCAGAAGCCUCAGUCGACACAUAUUACGCUAAGGUACCCGGCGCUAAUUUUUCAAUGCAGGAAUAUGGUUAUGUAGUCCCAUGCGAUGCUGAACUCCCAGACUUUCUUUGGGAGUUUUCCGACAAAGCGGGGAAUGUCGUGAAGGGGGCUGUCCCUGGUGCUUACCUGGUUUAUGCCCAUACCAGCGAUGAGCUCUGCUUUGCUGGUCUUCAGUCCAUCUCCUCAUUCACUGGAGUUGAGGGGAUCUUCGGUGAUAUCUUCCUCAAGAGUGGAUUUUUCGCCUUUGAUAUCAAAGGAAAGCGCUUCGGUGCUGCAGCGAAGCCCCUGAAUAUCAGUAACGGCAAGAGAGAUAUGAGCCUGCACGGAGGCAUCUAUAACAAACCAGCCAAAACUAUCUUCAUCUAGGAUGUAUCUCGCAUCAUCGGGGCCCAAGGUUAGAUGUAUAUGACAUUUCUCCUGGAUGAGAAAAUUUGGUAGUUGGAGAUUUUGGAGCAUGAAGCUUGUGGCUAGAAAGUCUUGUACUCUCAGAUUGAAAGUUUGACUAAAGAUGUCCCUACACAGCUGGCGGAAGAGUA